AUGAGCAUGCACGUCUUGCCAACAGCUCCAUCCCCAACGGUGACACAUUUGAUAAACUUGGUGGCACUCAUCCCUCUUCUUUUCAACACUCAAAUCGCCGAGGGCAAGGACAAUGGAGAUGGACUGGGAGGAUCCUCUUCUCAGCGCUGGUAUGAUGGGAGUCGACCCUUUCCAGUCGGGCAGGGCUAUGUUUCAAAAUGA